UGAGGCAAACUGAGAAAGCGCAGGAUAUUUUUGAGCUCCAGUCAUGUCAUCUAAAGAGAAGAUUAGAAAAAUGCUGCCAAAGACCUACCCUCGGAGAGUUGUUGCGGAAGACAUAGACACAGCACUGAGUUAUUUUAAAAGCCUUACACCUGCGAUGAAUAAAUAUGUAUACAAUGAUGGAGUCACUAAAGAUCUAAUGUGCCUAUCUGGAACUAUUCGUACAAUAUAUAAUGGCAAAGCUUAUAACACCCCACUGUCUGUGUGGCUUGAGGAAAGCUACCCACAAAGUGCUCCUAUUGUGUUCGUCCAGCCUACUAAAGAAAUGAUGAUUGUUAAAAGAACAUUUGUUUCCAGUAAUGGUGAAGUCCAGCUGCCAUAUCUAGAGGAGUGGAAACAGGGUGAAUGUGAUCUGCUCAGUUUACUGCAGCUGAUUGCGGCAAUGUUUGGGGAAUAUCCACCUGUUUGUAUUAAGCCAUAUCCAGAACCCGAACAAGCUCCAUGUUGGCUCCAGUUCCACAGAGAACACGACAUUUAUUCCAGACCAGACGGAAGUUCAUAUCUGUCUCUGCCUAAAGACGAUGACCAGCCUUUCCCCCAACAUCACGAAACCAACUGCUAGUGUUAUUAUUAUUAUCUUAUUAAUUUAGGCCUCUGUUUCUCUGAGCUGCCUUCAUAAGCAACACCAGCUGGAGUUCAUAAUGGGUAUUGGGAUUUGAUGAAAGAAAUAAAAAGUUGUGACAGACUCAAGUCAGAUAGGAGUUAUUGCUUUGAUUACUUGACUUGACAACUUGAUUUGAGCCCUGUGCCUUUUCCUAAGUGAGCAGGCUUAUCUGCUUUAGAGAGGGUCUGACAAUAGUGUGAACGGGUGACAAAAAUGUAUAGACAUGGUAUAAUUGGAAGAGUAAACACCGGAAGAGUCUACCUGAAGAUGUGACACAGGCCUCGACUUUGACAACGUUUAAUCCGGGCUUGAAAAAGGUUCUGUUAAGAUGUGCAAAUGACUGAUUGUUUUUUAUCCUGCACUCUUCUAUUUUAACGUUCAUAUAAUCAUUAUAAUGAUUAUUUGUGAUUAUUUAUGUUCUGAUUUGUUUGUUUUGUGAUUUCAA